GUCUUCCUCCUUGGUGUCGGACACGACAUGCAUGACAACUCUCCAUAUGAUGGAGCCCGUACCAACCACGUUGACUCUUCUCACCAGGCCACGUUCAUAUACACACUAGUCUACAUCAUCACUCUUGUAUUAUUCAAGAUCAGCCAGCUCUGUCUCUACCUCCUAAUUUUCCGAACCGAGAAACGACUUUGCCAGGCCAUCAACAUAGCCAUAGGACUCGUUAUCCUUUGGGGAUCCGUUUUCCUGCUCAAUUCCGUCUUCCUGUGCGACUCCGUGGGCCCGCAAUGGAGUAUUGUACAAGGCAACAGUUGCAGAGACCAGGUCGCGCUGUGGACAUGUCUUGUAGCAACAAACUUUGCUUUAGACCUCGUCGUCACACUCAUGCCGAUGCAUAGGCUUUGGAAGACACAGAUGUCGACAUCCAAGAAGAUAACUGUGAUCGCCAUCUUUGCUUUGGGGUCCGGGGACUGCAUUAUUAGCGCUGUUCACUUCGCCUUCCUAUUCCGGAUCGACUGGAGCGCCAAUUUCACGGGGUCCUCGAAAGUUACCUUCGUUCUCAUCACCGUCGAACUGGCGUACAUCAGCUUACGUAUCAAUCUUCCUGAGGUCUUAAGGGCCUGUAUCAGACUUGCUGCUCCGACUACCAGGGGCGGA